CCUACUUCCGUAGCUACCUAGAGCGGAGUAACGCUUACCAGUCUGACGCUAAAGCCGACAUUUCACCAGAAACUGUCGGUCAUGUUUAGCUUUCUUUACUUCAGUAUUAGAGCUGCUUAGCGAAUCAACAUGAUUCAGGCCGUUUGCCGCCCACUGUAGGCGCUGCAUCUUGAGUUUUCCUCACCAUUCAUCGCAAGGAAAACAAAGCUAAAGCUAGCGCCUUGUUAGCAGCGGGCAUAAUUUAAUAAAACAUCGCCCGAUCCGCACUUUGUCCACUUCUUAAUUUAGAUUAUCAAGCAAGGCAGUCAUGGCCACUAGGCGUCUGACAGAUGCCUUCUUGUUAAUGCGGAACAAUGCGAUCCAAAACCGGCAGAUAUUGGCUGAGCAAGUGAGUACAUACGACCCCCGUCUGAGUACACGUAGCAAUGCUGCGGAGCUUGAUGAGCUGGCUGAUGAUCGGAUGGCCCUGGUGUCAGGGAUCAGCUUGGACCCAGAAGCAGCGAUUGGAGUCACCAAGAAACUUCCUCCCAAAUGGGUAGAGGGAGUCGAUGAGAUCCAGUAUGAAAUCACACGGAUCCGGCAGAAGAUGAAGGAGCUGGCCCUACUUCAUGACAAGCAUAUGAAUCGUCCCACGCUGGAUGACAGCAGCGAAGAAGAGCACGCCAUAGAAAUCACAACUCAGGAGAUCACACAGAUGUUCCAUCGAUGCCAGCGAGCUGUGACUGGUUUGCAGUCUCGCUGUGGUCACUGCACCGAGCAAGAGGAGAGGCUUCUGAGAAAUGUGGUCUCCUCUCUGGCGCAGAGCCUGCAGGAGCUGUCCAUCAAUUUUAGGCACACACAGUCCAGCUAUCUAAAACGUAUGAAGAAUCGUGAGGAGAGAUCAAAGCACUUUUUUGACUCUGGUCCCCUAAUGGAAGAGGAUGAAGAUUUAGCUCUAUAUGACAAGGGAUUCACAGAUGAUCAGCUGAUGCUGGUGGAACAGAACACGGUCAUGGUUGAAGAACGAGAGCGGGAGAUCCGACAGAUAGUGCAGUCUAUCUCAGAUCUGAACGAGAUUUUCCGGGAUUUGGCAGGAAUGGUGGUGGAGCAGGGCACCGUUCUUGAUAGAAUCGACUUCAAUGUGGAGCAGGCUUGUGUUAAAACAGAAGAUGGAUUGAAACAGUUACAAAAGGCAGAACAGUAUCAGAAGAAAAACCGAAAGAUGCUGGUCAUUUUGAUCCUUUUCAUCAUAGUCAUUGUUCUAAUUAUUAUUCUUUUUGGAACAAAGUUUUAAUUACUCAUUCCUCUGGCAUUUGUUUUCUGUCUGCGUGUUUGUUGACUUGGACUUGAUUCUGCUGUCUUUCACACCAACCCAGAAAUGUUAAGAAGAAUUCCCCAUCUCUACGGGGGCACUUUGGGUUAGUGGAGAUGUUUUUUGUUUGUUUGUUUGGUUGUUUUUUUUGGUGGAUUUUAAUGAAAGGAACAAUCAGCAGUGGCUAUUUUCCCAAGUGACUUUGACAGAGGUUUGUGCAACCAGACCAUGCUGACAUAUCUGUGUCUUAACAAAUGAAAACACUUUGUGGUGUAUAAAUAUGGACUACUAAUGUAAGAUUGCUAAAGCAGAGCGUUUUCUGCUUGAACUCGAAUUGUGACGUUGGGUGAAAAUGCUUCAUUUCUGUCUGUCUUUAGAGAUGUAUAAUUUCUGUGGUGGAGAUGUGACGAGAAUGAAUGUCUGUGAAAAAGAAAUGUGCAGUAGGUCCAGUUUUACUGCAAAUUCAUUUUCAUCUCAGCGUUACAUUUACAUCCCAGCUCAGUAUUUUACUGUGAAAGACUUGAGGAGAGCAUUUUUUUUUUUUUUUUUUUAUGAGGGCAGUACUGUUUAAGAUCAGAAUAGCCAUUCAGUACCAAAGGACCAUCUGUUUUGGUUUUGUUUUUUAAUCCGUCUAUUCCUUACUUUAAAAAAAUAAUACUGAGGUCCUCGCUACCCCGCAGUCAGCCCGGGGAGGGUUUACGCAGCCGUGCAUCUUCUCCACUUCAUUUUAAACUCAUACCUGUUGAACACUUGUCGCACUGUCACGAAGUGCUCAUUUUAAAAACACGUGUUUUUGUUCUUCGUGGUCCUUGCUUAAAGUGCUACCUUUUUUAAACCCUUGCAGUUUGCACAUUGAGGCCUGGGGGAGGGGCGGGGUGUCAUGGAUGAAAUACUACUGUCAUUUGUAUGAUAAAUUAUUUAUUUUCAAGUACCUUCAUAUAAUCCAGAGAUUUUUCUGUUUUCUGGCAGAUUUGAUGUAUAUUGAGUUGUGUAUGUGUAGUCUGAACAAAACAGUUAAUAAUCACUCCACUGAGGAAACUGAUGUAGUCCAACACAAUGAAGAGACAUGUGAAGACAGCAUUUUGAUUUUUCUGUUUUUCCUUUCCAGAUUGACACAUUUCAUUUGGCUGUUGAAAAAUCUUUGUUUGUUUUCUUUUCUUUUCUUUUUUGACUGCUGAGCUGAAAUGAUGAAGAGCUUUAUUUGACAUAUCUGUACUCAACUAUACACUUUACGCAUUGAGUCAUCUUUGUCAUUGAUGUGAAGUUGUGAAAAAAUGUCCAAGUGGUACUUCACUUAAGUAUUGUUUGUGGAAACCAAACGGGUGAGGAGACAGAAGCGUAAUUUUUUUUUUUUUUUUAAAUAAACCUGGAACAUAAGCGUGUGUGUGUGUGUGU